AUGGCACUCCUUGCACCCCAGCUUACGCUCGAGCAAACCGUUGCGCUCGUGGCGAUCCUCGUUCAUCGCGCCAAUGGCCGGUGGUGGGUCCUCCGUCGCCUGUUGCAAAUAUGCUUCAACACAACGCUGGACAGCCCAACAGCGAUUGAGCUCUACCGCUUCACGAUUGACCAGCUCGCCCUUCUCACUGCAAAGCUUCGACUUCCCGAUCCCGUCGUUACGCCUGCAGGAGAUAACGUUCGAGGACUGGAAUCCCUGACCAUGUUAUGUCGACGCUUUGCGGAGCCGUCGAAGCUACACACGAUUGCCAACGAGUUCGGGCGUUCACAAGCCGCUGUUAGUCGCAUUGUGCUGUGUGUUGCGCGCAUGAUAUACACGUUCCAUGCUGACUUGUUGUACAUGAACGACGGCCUUGUCCGUUCACGAAUGGAGCGAUAUUGCCAGGCUGUCAAGACGAAGGGAGCACCCCCUCCAAAAUUGUUGGGGGCUCAUUGA